AUGACAUUCCGUAAAGUUGCACACACGAGGUACGAGCGCAAUCAACGCCUGAUGGCCGAGCUCUUCAACCCACAAAUUGUGAACGACACGAGAACAAUUGUUGGACAAAGCCGGAUUGAGAUGCUACGGAAACAGGCUCAAUCCCUCGCUUCUCACCAAUCCAAGCUCGAAGAUGAGCUCCGAAAGUUGGAUGAAACGUUUGAGGCAAAGAAGCGCGCAAUCGAGAAAGGAAGUGAACAAUUUGCUGAACAAUUGAAAAAGGUUUGCGAAGAGAAGCCGGUUCUGGAUGACAAUAAAUUCCAAGAGCUCGUCACGAAAUGGGAGGGUGAAUUGAGUACGGCAUACGUUGACUAUAAAAAGAAACAAGACGAAAUUGCGGCAAAAGCUGAAAGCGAUCGUGCUGCUCUUGCCGAGAAAAGUGCCCUCUUCGCGAUGGUGGCCGAAAAUGAUGAUGAAGCGAAAGAAAAGGAGAAAGAGGAAGAAGAACAGCAAAAUGAAGAGAAAGCGGAAAAAGCACCUGAACAAUCCGAGGAAAAUCCAGCGGAGAAGUGCAAAAGUGCGUCACCGAAAGAAGUCAAUGAUGAGGCUAACCCUUCAGAAAACGGCAACUCUAAUCCGGCACCAAGUCAAGAAGAUGAUACACCGGCUGAAGAAGAAGAACAAGACGAAACACCGAUGGAUGAA